AUGCCAGGUUUCCCGAUAAGCCCAGGGCGACCAGCUGAUCUGGGCAUUUCCCUUGGGACUGACGAUCGGCAUGUGGGGCCGGAUAGACCAGGAUCAGGUUUAUCACACACUGAAAGUGUCGAUGUGACCCAACCCCGAGCUUGGGCAAAUACCAGCACAGACUCUUUGAACAUGUAUCAUUUCCCGCCAGAUGGGGAUUAUUUUGAGAACGCUUCCCAUAAUACAGAGGGACAAGAUACUUUUGUUGGAAAUGACGCACGAGCUUGGGCCAGUACGAGCACCUUGCCAUUGGAUGAUGAUAAGUCGUCACUCGACAUCGGUCUAGGAGAUGUCUUCGAUACCUUUCACUUAUCACGCAGUGAAAUCAACAGUGAAUCUGCUCGAAUAUCAGAAGGUCCUAAUCGAUGGCGGGAAUACCUGCCUAUUGAAGGGCUUGGUGAGUCUCCCCCUGUGAAUGAACUACCAAAUGGCGAUGAAGAAAAUAUGCCUUCGGAGAAGCCUAAAGCACUGAAAUUUGUCGAUAUGCUACAAAAGGUAAAGGAAUCAUCAAAAAUCACAUUAAAUCAAGCUCGGAAACGUCGCGAGCGACGCCGUGAGCGUGUGGACAAUAACGAUGAUUGGCUUCCUAUGCGAGAGCCUUCCAAUAUGUCGGAUGACAAAGAGCCAUCUCUGUCACCUCUGCCCGUUCACAUGUGUCUUCGUGGAAAAUCACUGACGAUUUUCGGGCCAAGGCAUCCGUGGCGUGUAUAUCUUGCCAAAAUACUGUCUUCCUGGUGGAUCGAGCCUUUACUUUUGCUUCUCAUAUUUAUCAACGUUGUUGUACUUAUUGUUUCAUCUAGUCGCGAUAUUCGCUUCGAAACGCGCACGAGGAAUGUUUUUUCAAGGGCCGAGGAAAUUUUGUUACUUGUGGUAUUCAUUGCAUAUACAAUUGAAAUGAUUGCACGUAUUAUCGUUUCUGGCCUCGUAAUCAACCCUCCAUCCUUGGAUGAGAACGUCAUGCGAGAAGGUGGCCCUGAGGAGGAGCUCGAGUAUUCGAACACAUACGACGUGCUUUACAAUAUGUAUCUUGACGCGCUGCAGAGCGCACACCGCUUCUUACAUCCAUACAGCAAGGUCGAAAGAGAACGCGCGGAGGCCAAGCUUGCUUCUAUCCAUCCUGCUGAAGGCAUGGCACCUUUGGACGACAUGUUCAUUUCCAAGGUGGAAAAUGGACUCGAUUUAAAUAAUGGCCAUCAACGUUGGUGGGAUGUGUUGUAUUACAAUAUCGUUUCAAUAUGUCUACAUCUCUCGCGCACUAUCACAACAGAUCCGAAGCAAUUGUGCAACCAUGCUUACUUACGCCAGAGCUGGAAUCGAGUGGAUGCAUUGGCGAUACUUUGCUAUUGGGUCGCCGUCGGUUUGGAAAUCUCUGGCGUGGAAGUGACUGAGAAGCAUCACAUAUUUGUGUUUCGAGCCCUCAGUGUUCUACGGUGCGCUCGACUCUUGGGACUAUGGGAAGGCACAGAAACGAUUCUUCGAUCGCUCAAGCGUGUAGCCCCGCUCUUGUUGCGUGUACUUUGCUUUCUCGUGUUUGCCAUGGUUCUUUUCGCCGUGAUCGGCAUUCAGAGUUUCCAUGGCUCGUAUCUUCGUCGUUGCGUCUGGCUUGGCGACUACAACAAUAGUCCUGGCGUGAAUUACACACUAUCACAGAUAUGCGGUGGCAGUGUGGACCCGAAUGACCGGUCUAAGACCAUCAGUCACUUGAAUGACCAUGGUGCCUAUGAUCCCGCCAGAAAGCCUAAUGGAUUUAUUUGUCCAUAUGGGCAAGUGUGUAUGGAGCAAGACAUGAAUCCUUUUAACAAUGUACAGAGCUUUGAUGAUGUGUUUCAUUCGCUUUUGCAAGUGGCCGUCAUUGUUUCCCUAAAUGGCUGGUCGGAUACUAUGUACGAUAUGGUGGAUGCCGAUUACUAUACCGCGAUCAUAUUUUUCAUCAUCGGUAUCAUUCUACUCAAUUUCUGGCUUGCUAAUUUAUUCGUUGCCGUCAUUUCGCAUUCAUUCGCCUCACUCAGUGCGCAGACCGAGCGAAGCGCAUUUGCCGCUCGCGAUUUUCGACAAGAGCAGGAAGGGGUCCAGGAAGCAUCUCAAGAACCACGACGACGACGUAAUCGCCUGUUUACAUGGUAUAAAAGGAUUCGGAAAUACACGCAGUAUAUUUGGCUUUCUUUGAUUAUUGUGGGAUUGGCUGUCCAAGGUAGCAAGGCAUCCUAUGAAUUUGAAGACCAAAAGAAGUGGCGCGAAGAUGUCGAGCGUUAUCUUGUCAUUCCUUUUGACCUCGAAAUCCUCGUCCGAUUCAUUUUUGAAUCUAUGGAAGGUGGUCCAGGUCAGUUUUUCCAGGGUAAACGCAAUGUGCUGGACCUGUUUUUGGCUAUUAUCACGACUAUCAUCCAAAUCCCCGUCGUGAAUAAUUCAUCAUGGUAUCCAUGGCUCACUUUUUUUCAAUUGCUGCGUUUUUAUCGAGUGAUUGCAGCUAUUCCUCGCAUGAAGAGUUUGUUACUGCGUGUGGUCGGCUCUAUGUCGGCUCUCUUUAACACUAUUGCUUUUCUGGUCAUGACCAUUUUUCUUGCCGCACUUAUGAGUGUACAGCUUUUUCGUGGUGACAUCGAACAAAGUGAUGAUGGCACUGAGUCGGACACUUUUACUUGGAAACAACUGUUUAACGGUUUUCUAGGUGUAUACCAGAUAUUUUCUUCGGAGGGCUGGAAAGAUUUAAUGUUCAAUGUGAUCAGUUCUACCAGGCAAUACAAGCAAGGCGUAAUCGCUGGUAUGUUUAUCGUGGGAUGGUUUCUCUUCGCAAACCUGAUUUUGCUUCAGCUUUUUGUUGCUGUUAUCAAUGAAAACUUUCGAGUGGCUGAGGGGGAUAAGUACAAGAAGCAAAUGGAAAAUUACCUUCGCCGGACUGAGCCACCGCAAGAGUCGCUUGUUGCUCGCUUAAUGCAACGGCUUAGUCCAUUCCGUGUACCACAUGAGCACAACACUUUAUCGCAUCGCUUGGAAGGGCCUGUCCUCGAUGAUGCUCGGCAGCAUGCAGACACGAGCAAGGCGAACUAUGUGGAAGAGCGGCCAUUACGAAGCAUGUUCAUGCAACUUGUCACACCAGAUCACGCUGGUCUAGCAUUCGGCACAUUGCGACGUGUUCUACGACUCGAUAAGCCACAUGAGCACGCGCGACUCGAGGCCCUGCGGAGACAAUCUAGUGGCGGCAAGCAAUCACAGACUAUGGACGAACUAGAGGAUAUGAUCAACAACCAGCAGGAUAUACGCGCGUUGGGUUCUGAACACGUCAGGAUUAUGCGUACUGAUCUAGGUUUGGUCAACCAGGAAGAAGGCCAGGAAUUCCUGAAAGACUAUGUUACGCGUAAUGAGCUAGAUCCUCGCAUUCGUAUGGCACGUCUCAUGGCUGAACAUCCGUCAUACGAUCGGUCUUGGUUCAUUUUCUCAAACCGGAACCCUAUUCGUCGCUUCUGCCAAAGUCUCACGCGUACAUCUCAUGGUGAGCGUGUGUUUGGUCGACCCAUGUCCAAAUUCCGCAAUCAUAUCUUCCAGGCGAUAGUAUUUGGAGCGAUUAUUGGAUCAGUUGUCCUGGCCGGAAUCGCAACGCCAGCGUACCGAAAAAAGUACAUGGCUGAACACCGUUCUGUCUUUUAUGCUUGGUACGCAGUGAUUGAAGUCAGUCUUUCACUCAUUUUCGUGCUUGAGUUUUUCAUCAAGACUAUUGCGGAUGGCUUCAUUUUCACGCCCAAUGCAUACCUGUACAAUAUGUGGAACCUACUAGAUCUGUUUGUGCUCAUUUCACUACUUAUCAACGUCAUUAGUGAAUUGAUCGUACCAGGGGGCGUGUCGCACUUUACUCGUGCACUCAAGGCUUUCCGCGCGCUCCGCCUAAUUAAUGUCAGCUCACUAAUGCGUGAUACGUUCCAUGCCGUGAUGAUUGCGGGGGCUGGUUAUAUUCUGGAUGCAUCUAUUCUCGCUUUACUGUACAUCAUCCCUUAUGCCGUUUGGGGUCAAAAUUUAUUUGCUGGACUCAUGUACUCAUGCACUGAUACUAGUGACAGCAUUGUGACCAAACUUGAUUGUCAUGGUGAAUACCGUUCUCAGCCGCUCAACUGGUCUUAUCUUGCGCCUCGUGCAUGGACGAAUCCAACAGAAGGCAGCAUGUACUCAUUUGAUGAUUUUAAGAGUGCUUUGCUGAUCCUUUUUGAGAUUGUGUCGCUAGAAGGCUGGAUCGAUGUUAUGCAAAGAGCCAUGAGCAUAAGGGGCCGUGACAUGCAACCCCGAGCUGAUGCUGCGCAGCAUAAUGCCAUUUUCUUCCUUGUGUACAACUUGAUUGGGGCUGUGAGUGUAUUGACACUCUUCGUCUCGGUGAUUAUCGAAAACUUCCAGCGAUAUUCUGGCGCUGCGUACUUGACCACUGAACAACGCCAAUGGCUCGAUAUGAAGCGGCAACUUCAGCGCCAGGGUCCAUCUAAGCGGCCUCGAAUACCCUCUUCAAACCCAUUUAUUCGCUGGUGCUUUCAAGUUUCGACACGAAAGCGUGGCUGGUGGUCCCGAUUCAUGGGUCUCUUGUAUUUUAUUGUACUUAUUUUGCUUAUGACUCAGUCCGCUCAUGAUACAUGGACUACGGAACGAGGCCGCGCUAUCGCCUAUGUGGUCUUGGGAUUUGUAUUUGUAUGUGACAUCAUUAUACGUCUCCUUGGUUUGGGUUUCACAAGCUUCCGACGCAGUUAUUGGAACUGGUAUGACGUGAUUAUUAUGGGCGGUGUAAUUGGCACGAGUCUUUCCCAUGUUUUGAUGCCGUCUGCCUCUCACGCACAUGCACAGCUGCAAAAGUUGUUUGUCACAGCCAUUACGCUCAAGUUAAUCCAACGGAGCGAUUCGCUGGACCUACUAUUCAAGACAGCAGUGGGAUCUGUCCCUGCUAUCAUUGCCUUGUUUCUAUUGUGGCUCACCAUGUUUCUCGUGUGGGGUAUUAUGUUAGUGGAAGUGUUUGGUCUGACGAAAUGGGGUAUAAACGAAUCCCACGCUAAGAAUCUCAGCUCAUUGUGGCAGACACUCAUUUUUUUAUCGAUGACGUCAACGGGCGAAGGAUGGAAUCAGUACAUGCAUGAUUAUGCUGUCCAGCCGCCCAUGUGCACGCCGUCGAAAAAUUAUUUGGAAUCUGAUUGUGGCAGCAUUGCCUGGUCGUAUUUCUUGUUUAUUUCGUGGAACAUUAUUUCCAUGUUCAUUUUCCUCAACAUGUUCACAGGUACAGUGGUUGAAAACUUCUCGUACGUGUAUCAUCUUCAAGGCAGCAGCGCUUUGUCUCGGGACCAAAUGCGUAUUUAUAAGGACAUUUGGAGCCAAUUCGAUCCUCAGGGCCAUGGAUACAUUUCUCAGCAGCACAUUAUACCAUUUUUGUCGCGUCUCACUGGAAUGUUUGAAGUCAGAUUAUACCCUUCUGAUUUAAGCGUCUCAUCACUGCUAGACCAUUCACGUGUUUCUUCGCCUAUGUACAAGAAGUCUGCAUCUACGUCCUCUCUGCGUUUAGGUCGCCGCUCACCAAGAUCGUCAAGGUCUCCCAGGUCUCCACGAUCUCCACGAUCUCCACGGACGCCCCAGUCUCCCCGAUCACCCAAUCUGGCUCAUUCUGAUAUGCUCGAGCCGGUGAACGCGACUGACGGCAUGAUAUCGUUCCAUGAUGCAUCAUCGACCGAAGACGUACAAUCGACGAGUCGAAUUGUCAGCGGUAUUGAUUUGGAUGCUCUCAGCGAAGCAUUGGACUCCGCCAACGUGCAAGAGCUGCGCAUGCGACGUCAGCGCUUGAAUCGGAUGUAUUAUGAAGCGAUUUUGGCCGACAAGGGAAAAGGCGUUUCUUUUUCGACCAUGCUUUUUAUCUUGGCCUACUACAAGAUGUGUGGCUCUCCUGUAAAUAUGGAAGUGUCGGAGUUUAUUGAGCGGCGAGAACUUAUGAACAAAAUUGACUCGCGCAUCAACUUGGAGCGUGUCCGAGGACUGCUUCGUGGUGUUUAUCUUCGUCGUCGCUUUCUUGCCGUGCGUGCGGAGCGUGAGCGUCAGAGUGUAAUGCAUCUCUUUUCAAGCGAUCAGUCUCGUGGUUUCCCCUCUAUUACUGUUGAGCGGCCUAUUUCUGAAGCUCACCAGCAUGACCGACAACGUCCCAAUAUCCGAGUUGAGACAAAUCUUUCAGAUUCGUCUCCAUUAUAUGGUGACGCUUUACACAUGCCCUCACCGCGUUCACCAAGUGGAUAUGUCAGCAGCGAUGAUGGCGACUCAGGCAAUGCAAGCGAUGUGCAGGUCUCACCUUUAUCUGUCGCGGUUCCUCGGCGUCGUCUAUCGUUUCAAAACUAUGAUGAAAAUCCAUUCGAAGAUGCACGCUCUCACAACGCCAAUAUAUCAUCAUCACAUCUUCACGCUCCUCUCGAAAUGGACACAUGGACACAAAUCAUGCACCGUCUUUCGACCAGUACCCACGACGACUCUGAAGAUCAUAUGCAUCACAACACAUAG